ACCGUUUUCUCUCUCUCUCUCUCUCUCACAGAAACUCUAGUUUAAAUAUGAUUCUCACUUGUUUUCUUUUUUUCUCACCAUCACGCCUUCUCCAAUUCCAACUUUCUUCUCAUCUAACACUCCUCCAACUACAAAACCCACCUCUUCAAAUUUCUGUUUAACGUCCACAACGUUUAAAGUUUGUGUUUUUUUUUUUUCUUUUUUUCAGUUAUAUUAUUUCCUCAUCAUAACCCAGGGUGAAUCUUGUAUUGGAGGCAUAGAUUCUCCAUGGGUGAAGCUCCGGCUUUCAUUGUGGAUGAUCUGCAGAAUGGGAACGGAUUUCCAAUUUCAAAUGGCUUUGGUUUGAAGUCCAAAGCCGGUGAAACAACCACUAUCAUUGGUGAUAAAACAUACCUUAUUGCUGGGAGUGAUGAAUCUAUUGGAGUUAAGAUUUACGACAAAUCGACAGGAAAAUGGACGAUUCCUACUGUGUUGGGAAAAGAACCCAAACCCUGUAAAGGCCAUUCAGCUGUUGCUAUAAAUGAAGAUCGAAUAUUGGUUAUUAAGAAGGGGGCCACUCCAGAUGACUGCAUUUGGUUUCUUGAGGUGGACACCCAAUAUGUUCGGGAGCAGAAAACAGUUGAAACUGAGAUUGUUGCCUGGAGUAAAGGGGUGAUAGGCAAUGCCCAGAAGCCAGUUGUUAUUAGUGGUCCUUCUGGGGUUGGUAAGGGUACAUUGAUAUCCUUGCUCAUGAAGGAAUUUCCAUCCAUGUUUGGAUUCUCUGUGAGCCACACAACUCGUAAACCACGGGACAUGGAAAAGGAUGGGGUGCAUUACCACUUCACUGAGCGUAGUGUUAUGGAGAAAGAGAUAAAAGAUGGGAAGUUCCUUGAGUUUGCCUCAGUUCAUGGAAAUCUUUAUGGAACCAGUAUUGAAGCUGUUGAGGUGGUAGCAGAUGAUGGAAAGAGAUGCAUUCUUGACAUUGAUGUUCAAGGGGCGAGAUCGGUGAGGGCUAGUUCUCUUGAAGCUAUUUUCAUCUUUAUCUGUCCACCAUCAAUGGGGCAGUUAGAGGAGCGCCUUCGUGCAAGGGGAACUGAGACAGAAGAACAAAUCCUAAAACGACUUUGCAAUGCCAAGGCAGAGAUUGAGCAAGGGACAUCCUCUGGAAUCUUUGAUCAUAUUUUGUAUAAUGAUAAACUUGAUGAGUGUUACAAGACCCUUAAGAAACUAUUGGGUCUUGAUGGAAGUACAGUUGCAAACAGUCAAACAGUUGUGAUUCCAGCACCCAGAGGGAUUGAUUUGCCAGUGGACCAUUCGGUAUCAAAAAUUGAUAAUAAAAUCCUCAUAAAUUGUGGGACUCCAGGAUCAGGAGAAGCAUCAAAGAACUUGAUUGUAUUGGAUGUAUCCUCUCUUAAAGAAGGAGCACCUGGACGGACUAGAGGGCUUGAUGUUUACACUGUCUAUUCAUUUUCAGAUGGCCUGAAUGGGAUCAAUAAGUUGAGCUAACGGUUCUCAAAGCCGUUGAUACUAACAUGGGUUUUCAUUUAAAAUUUUUCUCUAAGCUCUUUUUAUACAACUUAGAAAGGGGAGUCUUGAUGAAGCUCUAGUUGU